UAUGGCUUUAACCAUGGAACUAGUACACACAACCCAUAGAUGUGGCAGGGAAACGAAUGUUGUUGGCUAUUGUACAUGUAGGCCCUACAUUCAAGUCCUUGUGUAAACUUGUGGUCUAACGUUGCGGUUUUCGAAAGGCGGUUUUCGAUACGAUUUGUUGGAUUACUUGACGGAGUGUUUCCCGCACGUCAAUUCAACAGUUCCCCAGCUUCUACCGUGAACUGAAGUAAUGCAAUUUGACAACAUCUUGACGCACAUUGGUGCGUUUGGCAGGUACCAGAAGAUAAUCUGUCCCCUUCUUGGCCUGGUUGGCAUAACUUUUGCUUUCCAUGCCAUCGCCCAGGUGUUCCUGGCGGCAGAGACCGACCACUGGUGCGCCGUGACGGCCGAUCAAUCCCUGAACUGCACCGGGCUGGACCUCGAGACUGCGGUGGAGUGUCUGAACCAACAGAAGGAGCUCACCAUCCCAUUCACAGUGGACAAGGAAGGCCAGGUCGUGUACUCAAAGUGUGAGCGGUACGUGGAAGCUUGGGACGGGGAACUGGAAAGGAAUGGCACCAAUGGAACACUGCAGAGGGAUGAGGCCAGCAAUGAGACUAUACCCUGCGAUAGAGGAUGGGAGUAUGAUCGCUCGCAGUAUCAUAGCACCAUUAUUCAAGAUUUUGAUUUGGUAUGCUCCAGAGGGGAUCUACCCGGGCUAGCCCAAUCAGUUUACUUCGGGGGCUUUUUGACGGGCUCUUUCGUGUGGGGUGCUGUGGCUGAUUGGGUUGGUCGGAGGUUCACCAUCUUCACCAGUCUGUCUGUAGCGUGCCUUACCUCAACCCUUCUUAUCCUGGUGCCCACUCUGGCUGCUUACAGCGCUCUUCGCUUCUUCAUCGCAGCAGCCGUUUUUGGUGUAUACCUGGUGACAUUUGUUUUAGUGUCAGAACUUGUUGGACCUGCCUAUCGAAGCUUGGCCGGUACAUUAUUUUCCAUUUAUUUUUCCAUCGGCUACACCCUUCUGGCCAUCUGUGCUUACUUCCUCCGUGACUGGCGCCAUCUCCAGCUCGCCAUCUCGUUACCCUCAUUCCUGUUCUUCUCCUUCCUCUCAUUUCUUCCUGAGUCUCCCCGCUGGUUAAUUUCCAAACGGAAAUUUAAACAAGCCGAGAAGGUCAUCCGUAAAAUCGCCAAGGUAAACGGCUCAUCCGUCCCGGCGAACUUGUUUAGUGAGACGGACGAACUUCAAGAAAAGACCGUUUUGACCCGGCAAGCGACCCAGAUUGACCUCUUCCGAACGCCUAAUAUGCGCAAAAAGACGCUGAACAUCUUCUACCAAUGUUUGAUUUGGUAUGCUCCAGAGGGGAUCUACCCGGGCUAG